ACUGUUCCUUCCAUUAACUCCCAAGUUGAAACCCUAGAAUUGAAAAUCCAAGAGGGUUCUUCGAAUCGUGCUAUCAUCCACCGCUCGUUGAUUCCGGGCAAGACUUCCGACCUGAAGGCUAGAGGGAAGGAGUCGCCCAAACCGCCGGAGCCAGCUAAACCAUCCAAGGCACCAAAGCUCAUGUCGUCCGAGUCUCCUACUGAAUCAACGACGAAGAUGGGAACCUGCGUGCGCUGCCUAGCCGUUGGUGAGCUGAAACUCGCACCCAAGAACGACGAUUCCAAUUAUGUGGUCAAGAGCGACGAUUUCAAGGGCGAUGAAGAAUUGAGGCUCCGUGUCAUCCAUUACCGGAGGAAGAAGCGGAUCAGCGGUUGUUUUUAUGCUGAUUGUCCACCGAAUUACCCUAGUUUCGAGGGAAUCUUCUACUACGAACAUUUGCCCGUAACUCCUGAUACGAAGCAGAAGCGUGACAAAUCUCUUGAAUUCGCCAUCGACAAAUAUAACAAAGAGAAGAAGGACAACUUGACUUUAACUGGAAUUCUGCACACAAAUCUGGAGACUUAUGGUUGUAUGAUCUUCUAUGUAACUUUUAAAGGACACAGUGAGAAGUUUGGUGUCCAGACUUACCAGACUGUGGUCACCUGUUCAAAGUAUUACACUGGCGAUCAUGAAGUUAUAAUCUUCAGAAAUGGCAAAGGCGACUAUGAGGAUUUGUUGACCCCAACAGAUUCUUCCUUCCAAGAGUAUACAAGGGUCAAAAAAGAGCUAAUGUGCACCUUAGACGGUCAUGUGUUACUAUCUGACCCCUUUUAUGAAGACUUCAAAAGGAUCUGUGCAGAACAAAGGGAAAGAGAGAAUGCCAGAGUAAAAGAGCUGAUGUGAUAUUCCCUUCUCUUGAAGGUAGGGUGACAACUACGGUGUUGAACUGAGAAGUGGGGGUAGUAUGGUCUCUA